AACGGAAAAAACAAAAAGUGUACCACCUGUACCUGGUUUGCCUAUCUACUGCAAGAAGGAAAAGGAGUGCCAGAAGGGUAAAGGUUGUGAGGUGGGAGCUUUCGUUUUCUCGGGCUUACUUAUUGAUCAUCUGAACCAACCCAGAACACUUCAUCCGAAGAAAAAAUGGUCUUCUGGAAUUUUGGCAUUUCUGUCUCAUUGUUGACAGUUGGGAUUUUGGUUAUCUUAGGAUUUAUAGUAAACUUAGGUAUAUUUAUAGUAUACUUAGGAUGUAAACGACCUCGCUAUGCGAAGACGAGGCCGAGGCCGAGGUCCACUAUCAAAGAUGAGCAAGACAAAAUAAUUAGAAGAAGAAACGCGCAUACGGUCAAGUCACAAGCUAUGGUGAAGUCUGAAUGGCUAAAGACGGUAAUACCCAAGGUCAAUUUACAAGAUAUGGAGAAGGCUGAAUGGCUAAAUGAGGCUAUCCAGCAGGCCUGGCCAACUAUUUCUCAGUAUGUGAAGAAGCAGCUCCUUAAUAAAACCAUUGCUCCAUACAUCAACAUCACCAAGAUAAACUUUGAUGGCCAGCCGGUGAAGUUGCAUGGAGUGAAGACUCAUAAAGGAAAUGAAAAAGGUCAAAUUCUGUUUUACGUUGACAUCAGUUACGAUGGGGAUGUGGAGAUAAACGUGGCAUAUUUAUUUGGUGUGAAGAGAAUACAGCUUCGUGGAAUCAUAGGUGUGAUUUUGGGGCCACUGAUUGAUGACGUCCCAAUCGUGGGUGCUGUGACCAUGUUCUUCGUUGAAAGACCCAAACUGACCAUUACCUGGAUCCGUUUGGCCCGCGUGCUGAACAUGGGGAUCCGAUAUUUGGACACUGAGGCCAUGAACAAUAUUGAAUCGUACCUGGUAUGGCCCAAAUAUCAAACUUUUCCUCAAGCGGCAGACCUGUUGCGUAGCCCCACAGACUAGGUCUCACAUAAAACUUAAAAGAUUUGGAAGUCUUCGGAUAUUUGCAGGAAGAUGCCUGAAUGGACCUGGAAGUCAAUAUGAAAUGGUUUGAAGGCUGAUUAUGUCUCCCUUCAGUGAGAAACGCACUCUUGCCUUCAUGCCAUGAGGAAACGUGUUGUCAUUGUAAUAUUCAUGUAUGAACUGCCUGUCACACUCUUUUUGUAAAAUACCAAGAUAAAAAAAAAAACCUUGUUGGUCAGCUGCUUUUAUCUAAAUCAAUCACUUCACAGACCACUUCAAAUAAAAUAAGAUCACGUUCUUUAAAUGGUGACAAAUGUAGAAUUUGGUUCAUUGCAGCAUCAAUAAAGCUGUGCAUGCUCAA